AUACCAACAAUGCCCAAUAUUUGAUAAAUACGAGUACAGCAACCUUAUGCCGCCUAGUUAUUUACUCUCUAAGGAAACGGCUGUUUUUAACAAGAGCGAUAAUGCAUUUUGCAAUAUGAAUCUUGAAAAUAUAAAAUUAGUUUUAAGUCUUGAAUCCAAUAAAGUUACAACCAUUUUGGCCUAUAAAAAAGACGAUUCUCAACGAACUGAGCCACGACUUGACAAAAAUGCUAGUGACGAAGUAAGAAGUGCUCUCGAAAAAAUUAUAGAUGUAAUAGAAACUGACCAACUAGACCUUGGAAUAUGUGGCAAACGAAAAAAUAUUCUCGAAGAGGAUUUGUAUUUAUCAUCGGAAGAAAACGACCCUAAUCUUAAUUCACAAGAAAGCAAACAGAAGAAGAGAAAAAAAAUUAAUUUUGAAAACAAUUAUAAAGAAACUGAUACAAGUUUUAAAACAGAUCAAAAGAAUAAAACAGCUAGAAAAAUAUCUAAAAAAGCUAAGACGAGAACAUACUUGGAACAGAAAGAUAUAAUUAAGUCAGCGAGGAAUCAAGGACAGAAAUACACCAACUGGCAAGGAAAGAAACAAUUAGCAAGAAAAAUUAAAAAAUCAUGUGAAGAGAACUGUGGAAUGAAGUUUGACGAAGAAAAAAAGAAAAAAGAGGGAAUGGUCUUCAAAUUUACUGAAAAAAAGAGACACUGCAGGAGGAAUAACAAUGUUUACAGACCUUACAAGCGAUAA